GUAGGGAGCGAAUACGUAGUUGAGAUCGAGCCUUCGGUCGAGCUAGGGAUAAUAUGACAGCAGUCCCUUCACAACCGUUUCAGCUGCCUGCAAAGAGCGACGUUUAUAAUUUUGCUAGCUACGCUUUUUUUCUAUCGUUGAAAAGAUUAAAAUAAUUAUAGCAACAAUAACCAUUUGCUAAGAACUAAUGGUUGAUCAUGUAGCUUAGCUUAAUUAGUUUUAAUUCAACUUGAGCUAUUUUUUUUUUGACACAAAGUCUGGCACUUUGUUUAUUCAUUUUUUCCCCUCACUUUUAAAAUCAACUAGCAGCUCAUUUUUGGUUUAUUUUCCACUAAAACGUCAAGUAAAGUAUUUUUUCAAGAGCGCAGAGGCGGAAAAAAAAUUGCAAUUUUAAACAAAUUAAAUGCAUUUAAUGUAAUCUUAGCUUAAGCUGCUCUCACGGCUUGUUUUUGUUUUUGACAGUUGAUUUAGAAGAAGAAGAAGGAAAAAAACAAACAGUUGUUUAUCUUUUUUUGUUAAAAAAAAUAUAUAUAUAUAUAUAUUUACUUGUUUGUUUUUCACUCGCACUUUAUCAUUUGCACCAAUAAUUUUUUCGUGCUUAAUUUUUUUGGCAGCUUGUUUUUGCUCUUUGAGUUUUUAUUUAUUUAUUUUUUUGUUUUUUUCACUUUGUGUCUUAAAAAAAAAGAAAUACAGCCCUAAAAUUAGCUACACAACACGAUUAGCCAGAGCUAGCUCGCUUUGACACGUCAUUUGGGAAACAACACUAUAUUUAUUACAAAAAAAACAAACAACAUUAUUUAAAACACCUUUGCUUCAGAAAACAUUUUCCCCAUGCUGUCACUGAGCUAGCUUUCAUUUUUGUUUUUGUCACCUCUUUUAACCGACACGGACGCGCGCGAGAACAACAACGACAACAACAUUUCUCCCUCUGAUUGUUUUUAUUUUUGUAAAAAAUUUUUUAUAACAUUACUAACAUAACAUCGGUGUUAUUGUUGAACAUGGCCGCCAUCGGGUCGGUGCAGAUGUUGAUCGAAGCUGCAGAGUAUCUUGAUCGGAGAGAAAGAGAAGCAGAACACGGGUACGCCUCAAUGUUACCGUUCACCAGCCACAAAGACCGGGACGGCUCCAAGCGGAAAAAUAAAAGCAAGAAAAAUUGCAGCAGCAGGUCUACGCAUAACGAGAUGGAGAAGAACAGGCGGGCGCAUUUACGGCUAUGUUUGGAACGCUUGAAGUCCCUCGUGCCUCUGGGACCAGACUCCAACCGGCACACCACCCUCAGCCUACUAAUGAAGGCCAAGGAUCACAUCAAGAGGUUGGAGGAGAGCGAGAGGAAGGCACAGCACGCAAUAGAUCAGCUGCAGCGGGAGCGGAGGCACCUGCACAGGCGGCUGGAGCAGCUGGGAGUGGAGCGCACGCGCAUGGACAGCACGGGGUCCACCUUCUCUUCAGACAAAUCCGACUCUGACCAAGAAGAGUUGGACGUGGACGUGGACGUGGAGGGUACGGACUACCUGAUGGGCGAUCUGGAGUGGAGCACCAGCAGCGUGAGCGACUCGGACGAGCGAGGCAGCCUGAGGAGCAGCUGCAGCGACGAGGGCUACUCCAGCCACGUCAGCCUGCGCCGCCUCGCCAACACUCAGGAGAAAACUCUAAGUCUAUAAGAGCACACCCACUCCCACCUGACCUCCGUCUCCACCACCUCCACUACUCACUCGCUCGCUCACUCGCUCGCUCGCUCACUCGCUCUAUCGAUGGAUCUCCAGCGCCGGAGCGCGACGACGCGAACUGCACGAUCCGACGUACGAAACGUUGCGGAACGAGAGCGCUCGCGUGUUCUCUCGCUCCGUGACGCCUCGUACGUACGAUCCAGACCAAAAAACGAAGAACGAACGCCGAGAACGAGGAAAACAACGCAGCCCUCACGUACCCGCGCCUUCACCGUCCAAUCAGCCGCAGAGGACGUGAGGUCUCGUCUCGUCGUCCGAUCAGAUCCUCCCUACCUCGCUUCCGUCCUCUCCUCCUCGUCUCGUCCUCCGACGAAAAGCACGCCGUUCUUAUCUUGUCGUACCAGAGAACGUUUCUCAUUACCACACCCACUGCCUACGCCGACCCUCCUCCGCCUUCCAUCAGUUCACCAAUCAGAUCAGGACGUUCCAGAAACAGGGCUAGGUCACCUGACCUAUCACAGCAUGGAAUUUUGCACUUAUAAGCAGCCUCUCGGUGUGAGCCGGCCCCCUUUGCCGCAGAUCCAUGAGCGACGUAUGAUUUUGUUUUGUCUUGUACACCCCCACCCCCCCCCCAACCCCCCCUGAGAUCAGCGCCAGAAGGUCGGCUUUUACCAAAGAUCACACAGCAGGAAUGUUUAUUUUUUAUUUUUAUUUUUUUUAUUAUUAUUUUUUUUCCACCCCCCGUUUUUUUUUUUUUUUUUUUCAGGUCACAAAAAAUUUACAGCAGCAACAACAUUAAGAAAGGUGUACCAUGUCAUCGUCGUCAUCGUGAUCGACUUCUCGCUCCUCUGCUCUCCAGAGGGAUCGCAGCUACUCCAGUUCCAGUAUCCAGGUGUAGUCUUUAAGCUAGUCUUAAAUCCUGCACUGUUACGGCGUCCAACCCCCUCUACAACCACCGACCAUCACCACCGACCGCAUCCGAGCUGUGGGACGGUUACCUAGCAACGGCGUGACACUAUCGCUCGACUGCUGCUGCUGGAGGAGUACAGCGAGACUUUUUUGUUUUCUCUCUCAACCAACCAAACCUGGCUAAUAUCCGAUCUCGGAUCUCCGCGCUCGCUCGUCCGCUCGAGGAGCUCGGGAUCGGGGCAGACGCGGUCGGGUAUUAAGAUCCGAGUGUAAGUAACGUCGAGCAAAGACUUCGCGAGGAGACGACGUCGGGAUGUUUCGGUUCGCUGCUGCUGAUGACGUGGAACCUGGAUAUUUCUUUUAUUUCUCUUCUUUUUUUUUUUUUCUUUUCUUUUUUUUUUUUAAUACACGAAAACUGUAAACUGUCGACGUGAGGAACGUAUCGCAUCGCAGCAUGAGAUUGUCGCGGGACUGACAGUUGAAUUCGGGUCGUUCCAUCUCUUCCUCUCUGGGCUAAGGACAGUGGUGCGGAUGUGUUUUGUGGGGUUGUUUUUUUUUUAAUUUUUUUAUUUGUGCAUGUGUUUUGUUCCAUCCCCGCCCAAAAAAAAAAAAAAAAAAAAAAAAAAGAGUAAAUAAGGAUGUAAGCACAUUCCACUACCAAACAGGAAGUCAGGCAGAAUUAUAAUAAUAAUAAUAAUAAUAAUAAUAAUAAUAAUAAUAAUAAUAAAGUGCUUGGAAUUAUGGGAAGGCGACAAAAAAAGAGCUUUGGUUUUAACAGGGUGCACGAGUGUGUGUGCGCGCUCUCGUGUGAGUGCGAACGUGAUCGCACGCCCGCACGCCCGCCCGCCCGCCCGCCCGCCGUCCUUCUCCGCCAAGACGCCGAAACUGUUUAUCUUUUCAACGCCGUGUUGUUUUAUGUAUAUAGUUUACAGAAAUAUAUCUAUCUAUACAUCUAUACACAUCACAAAGUAUUUAUUUAAUCCAAAUAUAUGUCACAGAUGAAAUAUAUAAGUUUAUAAAACAAACAAACAAACAAACAAAAAAAAAGAGAAGAGUCUAUUUAAAGUCGUAGUUUCCUUAGUGGUUUCAGUUAUCCCAGAGGGUUUUAUUUUUAUUUUUAUUAUUAUUAUUUUUUUAAUCUAAACGUGUCGUUUUAUUUGCACAGAUUAUCUCCAGCGUACGUAUAUGGACAUUUUAGAGCUCUGUUGUAUUUAGGCUAUAUCUGUGUACAUCCUGAUAUGACCUUGUGCUGUUCGACGUGUUCAAUUCUUUCAUUUCGUUUGCUUUUAUGAAAAAUUUAUCUUCUAAAUAUUAAAAAAAAAAAUUUGAAAAUUAUAUAUAUAUAUAUAUAUAGAGAGAGAGAGAAAUGAAUGUGUGUAAAAUUGUAAUAAAAUGGAAGAAACGUGAGUAAAGGGAAAGUCUGUAGAAGUCGUAGUGAUGGUAGUCAGGGAAAAAGCACGUCGCGUGACACGGAAACGAAUCGAACGUACGUGACGAGCGUGAAGCUUGGCAGUCGUCUGAAUGUAGAUGUAGAUUUUAUUUAUUUUUUAUUAGCGCAGCUCAAAGACGAGACACAGACCACGGAAAACCUUAGCUGCCUGAAGGAAACGCACCAAAUAAAAAAUUUUAACAGAUAAAAUAAAAAUAAAAAAAAACCCCAUAAAUGUAGGAUUGUUUAAUAUGUGGAAUUUUUUUAAUCACUUUGAAAAUCAACCUCCUCCCUCCCACCUCCUCCUCCCCCCCCAAAAAAAAAUUUUAAGUAGAAAAAAAAAAUAAUAAAUAAGCGCGGCGCGAUUGCGACGUGGCGCCAGUACGAGGCGUGAUGGUCAGACUGGGAUGGGGUUUGUGUUUUUGCUCAUGUGUGUGUCUGCGUGUGGGGGGUCACUGUCUACAGACGGAGAGAAAGGGUUUCGGGACGAGGGUCCCGUUCUGGUUCCUGCGGUGUCGGGUUCUUCGAAGCUGUUUAUACGGAUAUGCUUUUGUCUUGUUUUUAUUAGUUUAUGAGUAAAGUCCAUUUCCUUCACAACGUGUCUAAGAACUGGUGUAAUAAUAGUGGUUCUACACACACACACACACACACACACACACACACACACACACACACACACAUUUAAAUCCACCCUGCCUUUUGAUGACUCCUUUGUCCUUUUAUUGUACUUUAUUCGUGAAGAUUCGUGUGAGCGUUUCGUCUCUCUGCCCUCCUUCAACACCAGCGCAGAGAGGAAAUAUAUAUAUAUAUCACUCUGGAACAUUCUGUGAAAGACUUUAUAUAUAAAUAAAUAAAUAAAAAAAGGGCGCGUUUGAGUAACGCAGGUUUUUACACCCAUCUGUGCAGAUUCGCGAAUCAUAAUCAUUAGCUGAAAUGCACAGCAUUUGCACAAACGCCCUGCGCGGCUCGAGCGCGUCCCGGGUGCUGACACACACUCGUGGUUUUGCUCGAGAACAAACCCCGCCCUCCAUCCUCUUUUUUUUUUUUUUUUUCUUUCUUCUUUUAUCUCCCCCGUCCACUUUGAAAUCCUGUGCCACCUUCAACCCUGCAGCUAUCGUCCAGGAGUCGUGAUGGAUGUUUGCACUCCUUUUCGAUGUGUACACGUACGGGGUGUCGUGAACUCUUUAAUACCAAAAUGGCUAAAGCCUUAACGACGUACGGACAUUUCGGAAAAAGUAAAAAAAAAAAAAAACGAUGUAUGUACGAUCUGUUUUUUUUUUUUUUUUUUUUUGUGUUUUCUUUUUUGGAAAGCAAACCCAUCGCAAAGUUCAUUCCCACUGAUCGUGACUGUGUCCUCAGGUGUGUUCUUCUACUAACCAGACACACACUUUAAAAAUAAAUCAAUAAAAAAGCUACUGCCUCUAGGACAGCUACAUGUCUGUUUUUGUUCGAUUUUGCGUUCGAUCGAAUGUCAAAACGGGACGUUUUUAUGCCGUUACUUUGUUUGAAACGACAACAAAAUAGAAAACGCGGGCUGUUUGGAUGUUGCCUACUCACUUGUGGUCAAAAAACGAAUGGAGAAUCAAAACAUCAGCAACAAUAUGUACAUGUAUUGAGUUUGUUACUCUUUGCUAGUAACAUCUGAAAUAAAAAAUUCAA